AUGUCGGAUGUCGAGGCCAUGUUCUACCAAGUCCGUGUCCCUCCUGAAGAUCGUAAGGCUCUGAAAUUCCUGUGGUGGCCGGAUGGCGACCUGGAUCAACCAGUGCAGGAGUACGAAAUGAACGUACACCUAUUUGGAGGUGCCUCAUCGCCCAGCUGCGCAAACUUUGCUCUGCGGAGAACCGCCCAAGAUAACAAGGCCGAAUUCGACCCAGAAACAACCGAAAAUGUCGAAAGAAACUUCUACGUUGAUGACUGCUUGAAGUCCAUUCCAACAGAUCCGGAAGCGGUGAGAUUGGCAAACCAACUGCGGGGAUUGCUGGCAAGGGGAAGAUUCAGAUUAACGAAGUGGACUUCCAACUCUAAAGCCGUGCUGGAGUCACUACCAGAAUCAGAAAGAUCGGAGGAAGUCAAGGACAUGAACUUGGACAAAUCUCCUACUAAGCGAGCCCUGGGUGUUCGUUGGAACGUAUCAUCAGAUAAAUUCGGUUUCAGCGAAACAAAUCCUGCAGGACUUAUGCCGCUUGAAGCUCCGUUGGGACAACCCAAUCCCGGACGAAUACCUGGCUCGUUGGCUAUCGUGGUUGAAGGAACUGGCGAAGCUCGAGGAUGUGCAAAUAGAUCGGUGUCUCAAGCCUACCAAUGA